AUGGAUUUCUUGAGUUUUUUUCUUGCCUCCAUGUUACUUUUUCUUAUAAUAAUUCUGGUUUAUAUCUAUUGCUAUAACCGAUUAAAUUAUUGGAGACGAAAAGGUGUACCACAGUUAACCGACACCGAUAAAAUAUUUGGGGAUUUCAAAAGGGGAAUUUUAUUCCGAUCCCCUCCAGGAUACCACUUUGGUGAACUUUACCAACGAAUGCCUAAAGAUGUACCAUAUGUUGGUUUUUACAUCUUCCAUAAGCCCUGCCUUCUCUUAAGAGACCCAGAAAUAAUAAAGCAGAUACUUGUUAAGGACUUUCACAAUUUCUCUAACCGACACUUCGCGGGAUCACAGCAAAGAGACAGCUCUGGAAUGAGAAAUUUGUUUGGGAUAGUAAAUCCCGGGUGGCGAUACUUGAGGAGAAAGAUAUCUCCCACGUUUACUAGAAAGAAUUUGAAGAAAAUGCUUACACUGAUGAUUGACGCUGGUAAACCGAUGAUGGAGUUUCUUAAUAAGAAUAUUAACGAUAAAGAAAAAAAAAUAAUUGAUGCACAGGACGUCAAUUAUAGAUACACGGCAGAUCUCAUUGCCAAUGUUGCGUUGGGUUUUAAAGCAGAUUCUUUUAACUGCCCUGAAUCGGAUUACACAAAAUACUUUAUGGACUUCUUUCACUCGUUCAAGCGGAUGAUCGCUGUGUUUACCGUAUUCUUUGUACCUGAACUGGUCACCGUUGUCGGCCCUCGUGUAUUGUAUGACGCAACAUUUGUACAGAACAUAUUUUGGAAAUUUUUUGAAUCAAGAGAAAAGAGUGGUAACAAGAGAGGCGACUUUAUUGAUACACUAAUAGAAUUAAAAAACAGUACCCAGGAUCCAGUUUAUAAAUUUGAAGGAGAUAAUCUAUUUGCCCAGUCUUCUACAUUUUUCUCUGGUUUUCAAACCAGUUCUCACGAUAUCAAUUAUAGAUACACGGCAGAUCUCAUUGCCAAUGUUGCGUUGGGUUUUAAAGCAGAUUCUUUUAACUGCCCUGAAUCGGAUUACACAAAAUACUUUAUGGACUUCUUUCACUCGUUCAAGCGGAUGAUCGCUGUGUUUACCGUAUUCUUUGUACCUGAACUGGUCACCGUUGUCGGCCCUCUACCCAGGAUCCAGUUUAUAAAUUUGAAGGAGAUAAUCUAUUUGCUCAGUCUUCUACAUUUUUUCUCUGGUUUUCAAACUAGUUCACAAGCCUGUGCAUUCACUCUUAUGGAGUUGGCUAAGAGUAAGGAAUGUCAAGAUCGUGCGCGUGAUUGUAUCAAGGAAGCGGUCGCAAAGUAUGGAUGGACGUUUGAAGGUUUCGAUGAGAUGAAAUACAUGGAACAGGUAAUAUCAGAAGGCGUCACGAUGCAUCCAUCGGGUCCUAUACUUGAUCGCUACACCCUAGACGAUUAUAAGAUACCAAACACAGACCUGACUAUCGAGAAGGGAACUCCAAUUUAUAUUUCUUUAUAUGGUUUGCAUCGUGACUCAGAAUUUUUUGAGAAUCCCGAUGUAUUUGAUCCAGACCGCUUCAGUAAAGAGAAAAAAAUACACGGGAACUAUCUUCCUUUUGGCACUGGAGCCAGAAUAUGUGUUGGAAUUAAAGCUGGAAGGUUGUUCGUGAAGGUGGUAAUAUCUAUGAUCUUAUCAGAAUAUGAAGUGUACCUUUAA